CCCGCCAGACUGUGAGCCCCCCCAGUCCUCCCCCCCACACCCGCCAGACUGUGAGCCCCACCAGUCCUCCCCCCCACACCCGCCAGACUGUGAGCCCCACCAGUCCUCCUACACGAUAACGGGCUAUUCAAUGACAACCCAGCCUUGCAUCUCUAUGGUCAGCCGAGGGAAGGAAGGGACACCGGCCAGGGCGAGCCGCUAGCUCCCAACCAUAGAGUUGUAGCGGGGAGGAACCGCCCGUUUCCGGUUAGAACUCCGCCCCAAGCCUCGGGAAGUUUCUGUGCGAACGCAGUGCAUUGUGGGACCAGCAACCGCCGCUGUUGGAGGGGCCGUACGAGACGUUCCGUCAAAAUGAUGCCCACACCAGUUAUCUUGUUGAAGGAAGGCACAGAUACCUCCCAAGGGAUUCCUCAGCUUCUAAGUAACAUCAGUGCUUGCCAGGUAAUCGCAGAAGCUGUUCGCACCACCCUUGGCCCCCGGGGCAUGGACAAACUUAUUGUUGAUGACAGAGGCAAAGCAACCAUCUCAAAUGAUGGCGCCACAAUCCUGAAACUUCUUGAUGUCGUCCACCCUGCUGCUAAGACGUUAGUGGACAUUGCCAAAUCUCAGGAUGCAGAGGUUGGGGAUGGCACGACCUCUGUGACUAUGCUGGCGGCAGAAUUUCUGAAACAAGUGAAGCCCUACGUGGAGGAAGGUGUGCAUCCUCAGAUCAUCAUCCGAGCCUUCCGCACUGCAACCGAGCUGGCUGUAAAUAAGAUCAAAGAGAUUUCAGUGACAGUGAAGAAGGACGAUAAAGAUGAGCAAAGAAGACUGCUGGAGAAAUGUGCAGCCACAGCCCUCAACUCCAAGCUGAUCUCACAGCAGAAGGACUUCUUCUCCCGAAUGGUGGUAGAUGCCGUCAUGAUGCUUGAUGAGUUGUUGCAGCUCAAAAUGAUUGGAAUAAAGAAGGUGCAGGGAGGUGCCUUGGAAGAGUCCCAGCUGGUGGCUGGAGUUGCCUUUAAGAAAACGUUCUCUUAUGCCGGGUUUGAGAUGCAGCCGAAAAAGUACGAGUCCCCCAAGAUCGCUCUGCUGAACGUCGAGCUAGAGCUCAAAGCAGAGAAAGACAAUGCUGAAGUGAGAGUCAACAAUGUGAAGGAUUACCAGGCCAUUGUGGAUGCAGAGUGGAGCAUCUUGUAUGACAAGUUAGACAAAAUCCACAAGUCGGGAGCCAAAGUCGUCUUGUCCAAGCUUCCGAUUGGUGACGUAGCUACUCAGUACUUCGCAGACAGAGAUCUGUUUUGUGCUGGUCGAGUUCCAGAAGAAGAUCUCAAAAGGACUAUGAUGGCCUGUGGUGGGUCUAUUCAGACUAGUGUUAAUGCCCUCACAGAUGAUGUUCUGGGACAGUGUGCACUCUUCGAGGAGGCCCAGAUUGGAGGGGAGAGAUACAACUUCUUCACAGGCUGUCCAAAGGCAAAGACGUGCACGCUCCUAUUGCGAGGAGGUGCAGAGCAGUUUAUGGAGGAGACUGAGAGGUCCCUACAUGAUGCCAUCAUGAUAGUCAGGAGAGCAAUCAAGAACGACUCCGUUGUUGCUGGCGGUGGUGCUAUAGAGAUGGAACUUUCGAAAUACCUCCGGGACUACUCCAGGACUAUUCCAGGCAAACAACAGUUGCUCAUAGGAGCUUAUGCUAAAGCCCUUGAGAUCAUUCCACGCCAGCUCUGUGACAAUGCCGGGUUUGAUGCCACCAACAUUCUGAACAAACUGAGAGCCAAACAUGCACAGGGAGGUACCUGGUAUGGCGUGGACGUGAACAACGAAGAUAUCGCCGAUAAUUUUGAAGCCUACGUGUGGGAGCCGGCCAUUGUGCGCAUCAACGCGCUGACGGCAGCGUCUGAGGCCGCUUGCCUUAUUGUGUCUGUAGAUGAAACCAUCAAGAAUCCCCGUUCUACAGUAGAUGCCCCUCCUGGUGGGCGGGGGAGGGGCAGGGGCAGGCCACACAACCACUGAACGUGUCUUGGUCAGUGUCGUAUGACGUGGGGCACAGGAUUGACACUGGUGGCUACUGUCUCCUAAAAUAUCCCACUUUAAAAAAAGAAUUGAUGCCUAGCUUCUCCUGAUCUACAAACCAUUUACCACCUGGCCACUUGAUGGGUUUACAGCCUACUGAGAGAAACCAAACCUGAGUCAAUAGCAGCAGCCUCUUGUGGAACCCAGGUCCCCAUGUCUUCUAGACAGCCCAGAGUGGGACCUGUGCUCUCUUGUUGUCCUUCCAGUUGGAAGCCGCGCUGUAUGGAACUCCUUGCAGUGUUGGCAUAGGGCAGACCGUGCUCGUGGCAGUUCGUGAUUGUAUUUAUUGGUUUUUCUAUUGGAGUUUUGAACCGAGACACACACACACAAUAAAUAGUUACAAGCAA